GAACAAGACUUCAGAUCCAAGUUACCAGCAAACAAGCUCUACCGAGUGCAUUGAGCAAUGGCUUCAACCGCCGACCUGGCCGACCUCGCGGACCGCUUCGAGGUCUCAGGGCCGGCGCGCAUCUUGUACAGAGCCACUGCUGGUCAUCCUUCUACAACGAUGAUUGACUGGCUUCAAAAAAUUUACAGGUUCAUCGCUCACAAUCUCAUGUCCAUAUUCACCGCUGGCCAUCCUUCUCCAACGAUGAUUGACUGGAUUCGGAGAACUUAUGGUUCCAUCACUAACAACAUCCUGUCCGACGCCACUGGCGGCGAUCCUUCUCCAGCAAUGAUUGAGGGGCUUCGGAAACUUUAUGGGUCCAUCACUAACAACAUCCUGUCCAAAGCCACCGCCGGCCAACCUUCUUCAACGAUGAUCGACUGGAACAAUGAGGAGGACCGGCGGUGCGUCGCGGCAUGCGUCGUGCAAGGUACUUACACCCUGGAGAACGACAGAACCAAGUGCAGGAUGAACGAGGAUGCGCUGGCCCCACCGUGGUGGGAGAGCUUCAACUUCCGCCUCAUUGAGGUGCUGGAGGACGAGGCUUUGAACAACAAGUUCAUCUUUGGCGCCAUCUUCGAGCAGCUGCCCCCAGAAGACACGCCGCGCCACCCAUCCGCUCCGCAGUAUAUUGUGGCCUUCCGAGGGACCAUGCCUUAUCACCCAAAGAUAAUACAGGACAUCCACCUUGACUUGAACGUCAUUGCCAACACCCUCCCAAGCAGCGAGCGAACUAAGCUUGCGCGGCUGGCAGUGGAGAAGCUCCUGAUUACAACCACCCAGGCCGGCUUGGAAAACUGCACCCUCUGGCUGACAGGGCACUCUGUCGGUGCGUCACUGGCGCUGGAUGUGGGGCGGGCCAUGAUGUCGGACCGGGGCCUCAACCUCCCGACUUUCCUCUUCAACCCGCCGCAGAUGUCCCUGGGUCCAGCAAUCAACCUGCUGCUCCCGUCCGAUGCGGUGUGGAGAGAGAUGCAAGUCGCGAGCAACCUGGUAAAGGCCGGCCUCGGGCUAGUCCUCAAUCCCCACCGGAGGCGCAUGGAGGCCUUGUUCGAGCGGCUAUCACCGUGGGCACCAAACCUCUACGUUCACGACAAGGACCUAGUCUGCCAGGGCUUCAUCGCCUACUUCGAGCAGCGACAGCAAAUGCAAGAGCGCUUCUCUACCGGCGUCGCAAAGUCCGCCACCACACUGUCCUACCGUGACAUGCUCUUCUCGGCGGUCGGCAAGGAGAAAGAACGGUCACACCUCCUUCCGUCUGCGACGCUCUGGAAGAACUCCACCAUGCGUAAAGACGUACGGGGUCUUCAGCAGACGUCUUUGGCAGCCCAUGAGCUCCAGCAGUGGUGGAAACCGGACACGGAGCUCCGCUUGAGCAACAGGCGUUAUAGCCUCCCGUGACCACUUAUAUAUGCUCUCUGUUCCGUUGCUUCCGUACUGAAAUAUCUCAUCAUACAUACGGCGGAAGCGUCGAUG